AUGGUGAAGAAGGAGACAAGGUCUGAUUUCAACCCAUUGACUCUGCAAAAGCCCAACCAUGUCUUCCUCAAGUUCGCUGUGUCAUGUCUCUUGGUGGGUCUAGCUAUUCGUCUUCUCUUCACCGAUUCAUUCAGCUUGUUCUCUGUGGUGCAGACACCUCCUCCUCUUCCAAACGCAGUGUUACACUCACCCCUUCUUUCUCCUCCCUCUCUCAAAUCUCAUUCUGUUGACUCUCCUCCAAACCACACCCAAACCUCUCCCCAAGAUGCAGCAAAGUGCAAUCUUUUUGUGGGAGGUUGGGUGCAGGACCUAUCUGGUCCAAUGUACACUAACGAGAGUUGCCAUGUGAUUCAAGAUCAUCAAAAUUGUAUGAGUAAUGGACGCCCUGAUUCGGGGUACCUUAACUGGAGGUGGAACCCGAGGGGCUGUGAAUUGCCAAGGUUCAGUCCAAACAAAUUCCUUCACAUUAUGAGGGAUAAAUCAUGGGCCUUUAUUGGUGAUUCCAUCUCUCGCAACCAUGUCCAAUCACUGCUUUGCAUUCUCUCACAGGUGGAAGCAGCUGAUGAGGUGUACCAUGAUGAGGAAUAUAGAUCAAAGAUAUGGAAGUUCCCUUCAUACAACUUCACACUCUCAGUAAUAUGGUCCCCUUUCCUUAUCAAAGCAGAUGUAUUUGAGGACAUGAAUGGAGUUUCCUCCUCCGAAAUACAGCUUUAUCUUGACAUUCUGGACAACAAAUGGACCAACCAAUAUAAGAAUUUUGAUUUUGUUGUAAUAGCCGGUGGCAAAUGGUUUCUCAAGACAGCAAUUUACCACGAAAACAGCUCUGUAACUGGCUGCCACAACUGCCUUGGAAAGAAUUUAACAGAACUAGGAUACAAUUAUGCAUACCGCAAAGCGCUGCAGCAGGUUUUUAACUUCAUGACAAACUCCACGCACAAAGCGGUCGUGUUCUUCAGAACCACCACGCCAGACCAUUUUGAGAAUGGGGAAUGGUUUAGUGGAGGGUAUUGCAAUAGGACAGUGCCCUUCAAAGAGGAUCAGGUGAAUGUGAGUUAUGUAGAUUCCAUCAUGAGAGGCAUUGAAGUUGAAGAGUUUGACAAGGCUUCAGCUUCAGUUGUUGCUAACUUGAAACUUUUGGACACGACUCAACUCUCACUGUUGAGACCUGAUGGACACCCAGGACCAUAUCGCCAUUUCGACCCUUUGGCAAAUUCUAAAGAUCCGAAAGAUUGUCUUCAUUGGUGUUUGCCGGGUCCUAUUGACUCCUGGAACGACAUAGUUAUGCAAAUGUUGUCAAUUUGA